CUGUAACAGGGCAACUCUAGCACGCGUUUACCGUUUCUGUUUUGUCCUUACUCUUACUUUCUUCAAUUCUCCUCUAUAUAUUGUCUUACAUUUCCCCUCAAUUCUCAAGUCUCAACAAAGCUUCAGUGGAUUUGCAGGUUUUUAAAUUUCUCUGAUUUCAAACCUACUAUAUCACUAUGGAACUAGAGGAGCAAAUUACAGAACCUGUUAGUCCUGUGGGGCAAUACUUCAACAGCUCUGUGCUACGCAUAUACAUUAUUGGAAUUUUGGAAUUUGAAGUUCCCAUACAUGACUUGCAAACCAUGUCUCUUCUUCAACAUGUUUUCCUCCCUAUCAAUCCACGCUUCUCCUCUAUCAUGGUCCAAGGGAAAAAUGGAGAGAAAAGGUGGAAGCAAGUUGAAGUAAACUUGAAAGACCAUGUUAAAACCCCUAUAUUCCCUGAAGGCAAAACAGUGGAAUACUAUGACAAGCUUUUUCUUGAUUAUUUGUCAACCAUAUCAGUGGAGCAACUACCACAAGAGAGACCAUUAUGGCAAAUUCAUAUGAUCAAUUAUCCUACAAAUAAUGCAUCAGGCACAGUAAUCUUUAAGCUUCACCAUGCACUUGGAGAUGGAUACUCUCUCAUGGGUGCACUUCUUUCUUGUUUACAAAGAGUGGAUGAUCCUUCUCUCCCUUUAUCAUUUCCCUCUCUCAAACCAUCAAAAACAGAGUCUUUAAGCAAAAGAAGGUUUUCUUGGAUGUUGUCCUCUGCUUUCAACACUGCUUCAGAUUUUGCGUGGAGUGUUGUGAAGAGUAGCAUCCUUAAUGAUGAUAAGACACCAAUAAGAGCAGGAGAUGAAGGAUCGGAUUUUCAACCAAUUUCUAUAUCAAACUUGGCAUUCUCCAUUGACCAAAUCAAGGACAUCAAGUCCAAACUUGGAGUGACUGUAAACGACGUGGUCACUGGAAUUGUGCUUUAUGGAACUCGUUUAUACAUGCAAGACAUGGACUCCAAAUCAAAGACAUCAAACUCCACAGCAUUGGUAUUGCUAAACACAAGAAACAUUGAAGGUUACCAGUCAAUUGGAGACAUGCUCAACACCAAAACCGGUGGUCCAUGGGGCAAUAAAAUUUCCUUCUUGCAUGUACCAAUUCCAAAAUUAAGUGAAACCAGAAUUUCAAACCCUCUAGAAUUCAUUCGGGAGACACAUAACAUCAUCAAAAGGAAGAAGCAAUCUUUAGCUGUUGCACUCACCGGGACACUUUUGGACAUAGAAGGAAAAUUUAGGGGACAAGAGAAAGUAGCUAAACACCUACGUGGGACACUAACGAAGUCAAGUGCAGUGAUAUCCACCUUGGUUGGGCCGGUACAACAAAUGUCUUUGGCUAAUCAUCCUGUGAAAGGCUUGUACUUCACAUUGGCUGGUGGACCAGAGAGUCUUGUCAUUUCAAUGAUGAGCUAUAUGGGAGUGAUAAGAGUUACCCUCAAAACGGAAAAAGACUUCAUAGAUGAACAAAAAUUGAAGUCAUGCAUUCAAGGUGCAUUUGAGACAAUACUCAAAGCAACAAGGGAAAUUCCUGUAGAAACCAAAUAAACAUUAGUGUGCUUCUCACCAAUGAGAACUUUAUUUUACAUGCAGUUAGAAAGUUAAACAUCAUGUAUUUUAUUUGGAUCCUCAAUUCCUCAGAAUUGUUUAUUACAAUCUUUUUAUAAUUUUCGCCACUAUUUCUCAAUGCCUAAAUUAUUUAGAUAGUUUGUUCUGUGUAUGCUUUGAAAAUUAAUGAAGCCUACUUAUCACUUUUAAGUUUAGAUGUGUAGUAGUUAUCUCUGAGCAGAUUGCUGCUACCUCAUGUAGUUAUCUACUACUACUUAAAGUUAAGCCCCAUAGCUACUAUUCAUAAGAAACCUCAAAUCCUGACCGUUGAUUUCAAGUUCUAAUCCAAUGGUUAUUUUAUUCCUCACCUAACCACACAUCACACACGGUAUCUAUCUUCUAUUUUUUUGGUUUACCAGCGUCCUUUCCCAUCAGUCUGUCGUUUAACAGUGAGAAAGGAGAAGGAGAAGAGAGGAUGAUGGAAGGGAGUAGCAAGAGUGUGAGAAGAGAAGAUGAUUGAAGGGGAAGGACGACUUUCGUCAGCCACCCUAGAUAGGGUUAGGUUAGAAUCAGAAGUAGAAGAGAAGAUGAUGGAAGGGGAAGGACCCCCCCUACCGAAAAUAUGACAUAUGUUGCUUCAUUCAAGAUUGGGUUAGGUGAGAACAAGAAGGAGAACAGUAGAAGAUGACGGAAUGCAGCAGGUGGGUUUUGGGUUUAUGCAAUUUCUCUCUUUCCCAAUAAAUCCCACAGGUAUCCAAUUCAAAUGAUGUCAUGUUUCUCAUAGAGUUAUGGCUUUCUCCCUUUUAUUUCUCUAUAAAUACUGCCUUUGUUUGGUUGCUCUUCCCAUACAUUCCUCCUUCUUCUUUGUCUCGCAGAGGAGAUACUUAAAGGGACGACUCGACGGCGGCUAAACCUCGCGGUGCUCUGGUGCCGAGGCGAGAGGUGUGCCAUAGUGAGCUGGUGGCUGGUUUUGGCGCAAUGCGGUGCUCUAGUGCGGAGGCGAGAGGUGUGCUCUCUUGGGUUUUUUUGUUUUAUGAAGGUGGUUUGUUGUUUUUUUUCCUAGGUAUGAUGUUUUUAAACUUCUGUUGAGAGCAGAAUUUGUUGUUAUUAAAGCAUAAUGUUUUUUUUUCUUUAAUUUGUGUUAUCCUUUGAUCUCUUUUUGGGGGAAUGUAUUUAUUGAAAAUUUGCUCACCAAGAUCACUUUUUUCUGGGUUUCAUUGAUUAAUUUGGUGUUUAUUUAGUCCUUCCUCUGUUUUAGUAUAACCAUUCAAAGAUGUUCUACUCUCUGACUUGUUUGGUUUCUGGUUUGUGAUUCCAGUAAGCUAUGAAUAAUUACUGAUCAGAGUCUUUUUAGCUUGUGGAAUUACUCAGGGUUUUUUUUAAUACACUAAAAAUGUUCAUAUCAAUUUUUGAGAUGAUACCUUAUAAACUUUAGAAAUUACGUUAUCUUGAGUUGUUGAGAUUGAGGCUUGACGGAAAAUACAUUGUUUCUUGAGGGAAAUGAUUGGUGCCUUGUCUUUUUCUUUGGAAGUUAGUCUUCAAGGAGUAAUAGUAAUAUUUGGUUUAGAAGAUUUAAAUGAGAUAGAAAGAUGAUAUAAAGCUCAAGCUCUGUAAUGUGCUUACUUACAUAUUGUUUAGAAAAUAUGAUAUUAUUGGUCUAGAUUUUAUAUGCUUUAAAUACUCAUUUUCCAGUUUGUAGUAUUUUAUAUCCUGUCCUAUCCCUAUUUUUUGGUGUUUUCGUUCUGUAUGUGCUAUUUUGCAGGGUUUUUGCCUACUUUCAUAUCACCAUACCAUAUUUGUCUUUCUUUGUUCAUCGGCUCUUUUCUAUAACUGCUUCUUGGUAAGAUUAAGUCGGUUGCUACAUCUAUAAGAUCCCAAGAAUUUAUAUCCUCAAUCCUGAAUGAAUUUGUUUCAUGACCAAGAUAUCAACAAGUUUUUCUGUAUCGUAACAAAAGCACGUCAAAUCUCUUUAAUCCUGAAUUAAGUACAUUUAUUUCUCAGGAUGAUUCUAAGAUUUUCUAAGUUUGAGCACAGGCAAGUUCUUUCUAAGAUGGCUGUCAGUUUUUGUUUUAUCAUCAUUGCACUCCUCAAGUUCAACAAGGUCCCUUAUUUUGCCGCUAUCUAUCUUCGCUUGCUGGGCAUGCAUCUCUAACCUUAAAUUGAACAUAGAAUACUUUAAGGUACUUCAUAUUCCCACUUGUGUCUUAACUAUUGAUAUGCUUGAAAUGUGUAGGUGAGGAGGACUGAUUUUUGGUUGCUCUUUACUGUCACAAUGCUCAUAAAGGAAUUCAUAAAAAAGACUCUUGCAUGAGGCAGAUGGUCUCACUAUUCAGUGGGAUUUGUGCUCAUUUCUCUAUAAAUGGGUGUUUAUGAUAUUUUAAAGUCAGCAUAUUUUUUGCAUUCACCUGAGGGAAUGAAAAGAAUCCAACAUAUGAAGGAAGAGGCUCAAGAGUUGAAUGCUUUGGACCAACUGGAACUGGGUCCUUUUAGAGCUUUAUUAUAUGGUGCUAUUUCUGGUUGUUGUGCUGAAGUUGCUACAUAAGUACAUAUCCUUUUGAAGUUGUAAGGAGAUAGCUUCAAAUGCAAGUUCAGGCAACAGGUUUGAAUACACUGGCAACAUCUGUCAAGAUUGUUGACCAAGGAGGUGUUCCUGCUUUCUAUGCAGGAUUAAUUCCCAUCUUAUUGCAGAGAUGAUUUCCCCAACUUGCAAUUUCUAUUUUCUUUUGCCCUCUGAGUGACUUUGACAGUUCAAAGUUGGCAGUUUUGGUGAGCACAAUGCGGCUUGUCUUUCUAUCCGGGGGAAGACACUUUCCUUCUUGCUGCUCCAUGUUUUUCUGCUGCUGGUACUUUGUUAGAGGAUUUUAUUGUUGCUGGCAUUGCUAGAAGUAGAACUUUUCCCAAAGAUUUUCCUCUAGAUAUUGAAUCUGACAACAGCCUUGGAGUUUUACCCUUUAGGUGGAGAUCCCAAAGUUCUUGCUGGUUGUAAGUAUUUCUAAAAACUUGCAGCCUCAGAGUGAAAUUAAACCUGCUGGAAACUAAAUUUAUAUAUUAUUAAUGUAAAUUUUUACACAAGUUCUUCGUACUUAGGAAUAUACAUAUUAUUUCAUAUUGAGUUUAAUAACAAGUGCCUGAUGAUUGGAUGUAAUGGUUUGUGCUUUUAUUAGGUGAUUAUGAGUCACUAUGUUUCUAUCAACCCCAACACCCCCCCCCCCCCAAAGAAAAAGCAAAUGUAUCAUUCACUACCUUACAUUGCUCUCUCUUAUUUUCAUAUCAUAAUCCUCAUUUUCUCUUUCUUUUACAAUCUUACUUACAUUUUUAAUAAGAAGAAAUAUCUUUUUUUUGUUUCCUAUAUGUUGGAUGACCAGUUUUUCUUUCUUAAUGUUAUAACAAUGGCAAUAGAAAUCUUUUGGGUUAAAAAUUAUUUUACUUGAGGUCCUUUGUUUUUGGUUACAGAGGUUUGGCUUCUUCAUAGGAAAUCCUAGCUGAGAAUGUGUCUUCUCCGCCUUUUUGACUUAAGGUUUAGUGAAAAAGAAGUAGCAGCUGAGGACACGGCACAAUGAGCCUCAUUGCCGCUUAAGAACUUUAAAGUACAUCCUUUGAUUCUCCUCACAUGAUUACUCACUUGAACAACCAAGUGCACCGUUGGUUUGGAUGCUUGAUACCUGAUGAUGAAGUUGAAGAUGCAUUGUGAGCAAUUGGUUUGGAUGCUUGAUAUACUGCUGAUCUCAUCAAUGAGAAUGAAUCGAUAUGUUGCAGGUGGUUUGACUUCUAUAGGGCUGAAUUUAGGAGGCUUGGUGAUACUGUUGCAGUUCACCAAAUGCAGUUAUAGAAAAUGCCUCAGCCAAAUAGAUUCAGGGUUCAUGUAUUCACCCUAUAAUCUAUCUUGAAGAGGUUGUAACUUUGAUUAAUCUCUUUUGAUUAUCUUAUAUGGACUUUUCUUGAAUUGUAGUA